UUUUGAUUUCAACUGGCAUUCUUUCAGGAGAACUCGAAAUUUUGAUUUCUCCUAGUGCAACUCAAAAUUUUGAUUUCCCCUAGGGGAAUUUUAAAUCGCCCUAGAUUUUGAUUUCCACUGCAACAUACACAUCAUAAAAAAUUUCUUAGCAAACAUCCAUGGAAUCUUUGGCAAGCGGACGGACAAACACCACUUCAAGUCGUUGGCGUCGUACAACUUCAAAUUAAAAUUAAAUCAACUGUUACAAGUAUCUCUGCAUACGUUGUAAAAGAUCUUUGCACGUCAUGUUUAUUAGGAGUUGAUUAUAUUAAUAAAUAUAAAUUGAAAAUAGACGCUGGAUCACAAAUUGUCACUAUUACUAAUGGAAAAAACGAGACCACUACUAAUAUUAUCAGAAAUUCAGAUUCAAUUCGAUUUGCAGUUCGUCUAAUAAAUUCUGUCGUUAUACCGUCAUAUGAAAAUCAAUCGGUUCCAGUAUUCACCGAUAUUUCAAAAGCUUCGGCGAUUUUCUACCCUUCUUUUACUUUAAAGCAGCGAAGUCCAAUCGUAUUAUGUAAUAAUAUACUUAAAAUAGAACGUUAUCAUACUUCAAUUUUGAUUCAAAAUCCUUCUUCGUUUCCACAGUAUUUACCAAAAGGCUUAAUUGCCGGCGUUGUUCGAUUACCAACUUCAUCUACGUCUUCUUGUGCUUCGACAGUGGAAAUAAGCAAUGUUUCUGAUAAAUCCACUGCAUGGAUUAACAUCGAUAAUCUUUUAAAUCACCUCAACGACGAUUCACAAAAUGAUAAAUUAAACGAAUUUUUUCUUCGUUAUGAAAAAAGUUUUGAUACAUCGAAACCAACAGUCGCAAAUACUAGUAUUUCACAUGCUAUUAAUACAAUCGACCAUCCACCGCCUUGUUCUAAACCAUAUCCUUUAUCACAUAACAAGAAAGAAGCACUAUACAAUAUUAUUUCUUCUUUAAUCGAUUCCGGUCAUCUUCGUGAAUCACAUUCACCGUAUUCGGCACCUGCAAUUCUUAUUGAUAAAAAAGAUAAGAGUUACCGUUUAGUAGUUGAUUAUAAAAAGCUUAAUACUAUCACAAUUAAAGAUGAGUUUCCUCUUCCGAAUAUGGAAGAAACACUUCAGGAAGUAGGAGGCGGAUAUUGUUAUUUUUCCAAACUCGAUUUAAAAUCCGGAUUCUGGCAACUACCAAUAGAUGAGAAAGAUCGACAUAAAACAGCGUUUAAAACUCCAUUCGGUCUAUAUGAAUGGAACGUUUUGGCUCAAGAUCAAGUUCUUUCGCGUCUGCACCAAGCCAAUUUUCAACUCAAUCCAUCAAAAUGCGCGAUAGCUAAAACUGAAAUCGAUUACCUUGGUCAUCGGGUCAAUCAGUAUGGAAUUUCACCAUUACCGGAAAAGAUUUCCGCAAUUUUGUUAUUAAAAGAACCGAAGACUCUAAGAGAAGCCAACUGUUUUAUUGGCGCUCUCUCUUGGUAUCGUAAAUUCAUCCCACGUUUCGCGACUACAGCAGCUCCUAUUCAUGCAGUUACCAAUUUAUCUAAAAAUAUGCGGCAUAAGUUUCAAUGGACCACUGCUCAAUCGACUGCGUUUCAUGAACUUAAGAAAUUAUUAACCGAAGCCCCACUAUUUCUUCAUUUUCCAGUGGACAAACAUCCUGUCAUUUUGUCGACAGAUGCAGCGAAAAAUGGAAUUAGUGGUGUCCUUCAACAGGAGAUAAAUGGUCAGAUGUACAAUUUAUAUUAUGACAGUCAAUUGAUUAAUCAAACUCAACAGCGAUAUGAUACCGGCGCAAAAGAAGCAUUGGCUAUAGCCUUAUCAUUCAAUAGAAUGAGACAAUUCUUGCUUGGACGUGAGAUCAUCAUAUAUAUGGAUCACUGUCCUUUAUGUGGAAUGCAUCAAAAAUCUCUGCGCAAUACACUGGCAAAUCGUAUAUCUAUUCUUUUACAAGAAUACAAUAUAAUUGCUGUCAUUCACAUAAAAGGAAAAUUUAAUUGUCUGCCAGAUUAUAUGUCACGCCAUCCACUUGAAUUUAAUGAUCCAGAUAUGAUUGAUCCAAAUUAUGGAUUGGAAGUUACGUCUCAAGAACUUAAGGAUAGGUCACAGCUCUCGAAGGUUUUAGUGACCGCAGUGACAAUAAGAUUACAGUCUAAACGACAGCAACAGCAACAAAUAUCAAAUACAACUACGAUUGACACAGACUUAGAUGAAAAUCUUAUAGAUUCAAACGACUCAUCCGAUAAAAUUUCGACAGAUAAAAAUAAUAUUGAUUUCGUUCCAUUCGGUUGCAAUAAUUUUGAUAUUCGCAAACUUAAAAAUGAACAAGAUAAAGAUCCAAAUAUUCAAAAAAUAAUCGAACAGUUAAAUAAAAAUAAGUCCACUAAAAUUAAUUUUGUUUUAAAAAAUGGAAUUUUGUAUAAAUUAGUUCAAUUCUCGCAUUCUCAACGUAAAAAACAAUUACCGUACAUUCCAAUAUAUAUGAUUAAAGAUUUGUUGAGAGCUGCCCACGAUGAUCCUAUUAGUAGUCAUUUUGGUUUUCAUCGUACAUAUCUUAAAUUAAAACACCAGUAUUGGUGGCCGAAUAUGAAAUCGUCAAUUGAAAAAUACAUUAAAUCUUGUCCCAAAUGUCAGCAGUUCAAUAUCAGUCGACAGAAAAAACCAGGACUUUUGCAUCCAAUCACGUCACCAGAUGGUCCAUUCCAGAUGAUUGCGAUCGAUUACGUUGGACCCCUUCCUCGUACUCCAUCAGAAAAUCGCUACGUUUUUGCCAUUACUGAUAUGUUCACACGUUGGGUCACAGCCGUAGCUCUCCCGAGCUGUACGGCGCAAGUGACCGCAGAAGCCCUUUUUAAACAUUACAUCUGCCGAUAUGGAAUCCCAGUAUCUAUUCUUUCUGAUAACGGUACCCAUUUUCGAAAUCAACUUUUGCAAUCUUUAGAAUAUAAAAUUGGAAUAAAUCAUAUAUUUUCGACUCCAUAUCAUCCACAGUCUAAUGGAGUUAUUGAAAGAUUUAACGCAACAUUUAUCCCACAAAUAGCAAAACUUCAAGAUAUGCAACAUAAUAAUUGGGAUGAGUACGUAGAUGCCGUUGUAUUUGCUUACAAUACCGGCACUCAUUCAACCACAAAAUUUUCUCCAUUUGAGCUUCAGUUCGGACGAAAGCCUCGAUUACCGACAGAUUUUCCUCGACCGGAAUUGACUUUCUCCAAACCCAAUGAUUAUUUUGCUCAAUUAAAUAAAUCUCUCAAAAUCUAUCAUAAAUAUGCAACUGAAAAUAUUUUCAAACAGCAACGUUUAUCAAAAGUAAAAUAUGAUCAAAAUCGUCAAGAUCCUCACUAUGACAUCGGCGAUCCAGUUCUUCUUAGGAUUCAAGAAUCUCGUUCAAAACUCGAUCCUCGUUUUCAUCCAACUCCAAAAAUUAUUGUAAAAGCUCAACAUCCUACAUAUUUUGUUAAAGAUGACGAUACACAAGAAGAAUUACAAGUCCAUGUUAAUGACCUCAGUGCCAUCUUGGAGGCCAAAGUUCACUAA